AUGACUGAUAUCCACUCGAACAUCAAGAGGCUCAAGACACACAUACGACUUGGCAACCUAGAUACGGAGGGCAACAGCGGGUGGAAAGACCUGAUUCCGAUCGCCAAGAGCAGCUCGAGUGAGCGGUUUUUGGAGGACGAGCGCGAACACGGAGCAGCGGGAUCACUGCUCGGCGCACAGCAACUGACGUCGGCGUACCUGUCGCACACGGUAGCGCCUCUGGAGCCGCCGGUGGACUAUAGGGUCUGCAACGACUGCGGCCGGCCGAUAGCGUACUCUGCACUGCUGGUGCACCUGCAGGAGCACUGCAGAAGGCGGAAGGAGAGCGAGAACGGCGCGAAGAGCCCCCCGCCGGAGAUGUCCCCGGCGACUGUGAAGCAGCUGAAGCGGAGCAGCUCGACAGACAUGGAGCUGAGCCCUUCAAAGAAGCAGCGGAAGGUGGCGACCCCGAGCACGAAGCGGCAGCGGAAGGUAAAGCAGCGCAACCCCACGGAGCCGCAUCUGGUAGACCUGGACAAGCAGUGCGGCGUGGAACUGCCGGAGCGUGGCGUUUGUGGGAGAUCGUUGACAUGCAAGUCCCAUUCGAUGGGCGCGAAGCGCGCCGUGCAAGGGAGGAGCAAACCAUUUGAUGUGUUGCUCACUGAGUACCAGAAGAAGAACCACAUCAAGAAUGCUUCCAAAGGAGCGCGGGCCAAGGGCCAACCGCUGAACCAGCAACAGAAGCAGAAGCUACUUGAUAAAGAGCAAGAACAGGAUGUUCCUAUACUCUCCCCGGAGGAGGAAACGACGCAGGUAUUGAACGGGGUCUCCAGAUCACUGCCGCUCCCGCUGGAGACCAACAUCCUUACGUCUACGAAGACAAGAACAAAAUACUUUAGGAUGAGAGAAAUGUUUGCCUCGUCUUUUUCAAUUCGCCCAGGCUAUAGUACGCCGGGCUAUGGCGCUAUUCACUCUCGCGUCGGGUGCAUAGAUCUGGACCGGACUACCGAGUACACGUUCCGUAUUCGCGUCCCGCAGCUAGUGAACCAGAACUCUCCUCAAGGAUCCCCACCACAGCACGUACAUGCUAUACAACAUCAUAGGAUGAAGCAACCCGCGCAACAAAUGCAAGAUAUGCCGUCUAUCACACAUUCUUUGCCACAGCAGCAGAUGCCAGCGCAUGUUUCCGAGGAACACCUUCAAUACCGCCCACAGCAGGGUAGCGAUAUCAAGACCAUGGAGAAUUUAACAGGUAUUGUGGACAGGCCUAUUACGCCACGCGAUGUCCAGACGCAGCAGCUCCUUAUGCAGCAGCAGCAACAGCAGCAGCAGCACCGCCAGCAGCACCACGAACGACAACACCUACCCCAAGAGAAACAGCAGCAACAGCAGAAUGAACAGCUACAGAGAAUUCAACAGCGUAAACGUCUCGAGGAUGCAAGUGCACAACUUGAUACUGCCUCGAAGCUGAUGCAAGGUAGUCCCAUUAACGUUAGUGGCAGUAUGGUGAACAACAGCGGCGUUGGGUCACCCGUGAACGUGAAGAACCAAGGAAUGGUUAAUAUGGGCUUGAAUAAUGGGUAUGAUAGCAGAGGUAACUAA